UUCCAAAUCCGAUUCUCCUUGGAAAUUUGGUGGAAGUAGCCAUCUCAUUUCUUCUUUGUUGUCCUCUCUUCCUUAUCAUUAAAUACUAGCCCCAACAGAGCAGCUGCAACUAACAUCAUCCAUGGCGGCACCGAUCUGGCUAUGGGCUUUUGCUGUGUCCCUGGCUCUGAUUCCAUCUGCUUUUGGAAACUCCGAGGGAGAUGCUCUUUACACGUUGAGAAAAAGUUUAGUCGAUCCGGAUAACGUACUCCAGAGCUGGGAUCCGAACCUUGUUAAUCCUUGUACUUGGUUCCACGUUAGUUGUAACCAAGAUAGUCGAGUCACCCGAGUAGAUUUGGGUAAUUCCAACCUGUCUGGACAUUUGGUACCUGAGCUUGGGAAGCUUGAACAUUUGCAGUAUCUGGAGCUUUACAAAAAUAACAUCCAAGGAACCAUCCCUGCUGAACUUGGGAACUUGAAGAGCCUCAUUAGUUUGGACCUAUAUAACAACAACAUCUCAGGGACCAUUCCUCGGUCACUUGGGAAACUGAAGCAUCUUGUAUUCUUGCGGCUUAAUGACAACAAGUUAACUGGACCUAUCCCUAGGGAACUUGGUGGUGUUUCAAACCUCAAAGUUGUUGAUGUCUCAAACAAUGAUUUAUGUGGACCAAUUCCUACCAGUGGACCAUUUGAGCACAUUCCUCUGAACAACUUCGAGAAAAACCCUCGCCUAGAAGGUCCCGAGCUUCUGGGGCUCGCUAGUUACGACACGAAUUGCUCGUGAAGUACAGGUUGAUGUUAUAAAGGUUGGAGUUGAAUAUGUACUCGCAUGGUUUUAGGCCUAUAAAAAAUUCAUAGAUGUG